GCCCUUCGCCUAGCUGGGCUUCACUGCCAUUUGGUAAAGCGGCACCGGCUGUUGCGCAUCCAGUCGGUGGAAAGCCGGCGUGAAUGGGUGGUUCCGCAUUUUGAGGAGGUCCCCCGCCUCGCACAGAGAGACCACCCGGAUUCUGCGGAGGAAUGCCUCAACACGGUGAGGAGCGUCUUCAAGUCGCGUCGAUCCAGGCAUUGGAGAAGUGCAGUGGGAGAAUGCAAAGACAGACUGUGCACGCAACAGCACAUUAAAGGCCUGGACAGCAGCCAGUCGUGACUUUUUGCCUGGCGACAUAAACACGCACACCACCACGUUAGGGUUGCGUUUGGACGUGCGCCUUCCGCGCAACAGCUGCAAGUUUGUGCCAGCAGUGUGUGAGAGCUGGUCAGGAUGCAGGUCUCAUUUGCUUGUACGGAGCACAAUCUGAAGAGCCGGAGCGAGGACCGGCUGUGUGGCCUGCGAACUGCCCCUCCACCAGGGGGCAGUAGUGGAGGAGGAGGAGGACAGGGAGGAAACGGCAACUACCCCCCCCAGAGCUCAGUCAAAACACGGCCCCUGCCUCAAGGCCACGCCCACAUGAAGGAGGCGUUCGGACGGCACAGUACCAUGAAAUACAGGAACCUUGGAAAGUCGGGUCUACGUGUUUCUUGCUUGGGUCUUGGCACCUGGGUGACAUUUGGAUCUCAGAUCUCUGACGAGAUGGCAGAGAGUCUGAUGACGAUAGCGUAUGAGAACGGAGUGAAUCUGUUCGACACAGCAGAAGUCUAUGCUUCAGGCAGGGCUGAAAUCACUCUAGGCAACAUCAUUAAGAAGAAAGGCUGGAGACGGUCCAGUUAUGUAGUAACGACUAAGAUCUACUGGGGAGGACAGGCAGAGACAGAGAGAGGCCUGUCUAGAAAACACAUCAUAGAAGGUCUCAGAGGUUCCCUGUCUAGACUACAGCUGGAUUACGUGGAUAUUGUCUUUGCCAACCGAAACGAUGUCAACAGCCCCAUGGAAGAGGUAGUACGUGCGAUGACAUUUGUUAUAAACCAGGGUAUGGCCAUGUACUGGGGCACGUCCCGCUGGAGCGCCAUGGAGAUCAUGGAGGCAUACUCCGUAGCGAGGCAGUUUAACUUAAUCCCACCAGUAUGCGAGCAGGCCGAGUAUCACUAUUUCCAGAGGGAUAAAGUGGAGGUGCAGCUGCCAGAGCUCUACCACAAGAUCGGCGUUGGAGCGAUGACCUGGUCUCCUCUCGCAUGUGGGCUGAUCACAGGAAAAUACAGCGAUGGCGUUCCAGACUGUUCAAGAGCCGCAAUGAAAGGAUAUCAGUGGCUAAAGGAGCGAGUGUACAGUGAAGAAGGGCGCAGACAGCUUGCAAAAAUCAAAGAGCUCCACCUGGUGGCUGACAGGCUGGGCUGCACGGCUGCUCAACUCGCCAUUGCAUGGUGUUUGCGCAGUGAAGGGGUUAGUUCUGUACUUCUUGGUGUCUCCAAUACAGACCAGCUUAUUGAGAACCUCGGAGCCCUGCGGGUGCUGUCUCAAAUGACACCUCAGACUGUGAGCGAGAUGGAUGCUCUCCUGGGCAACAAGCCUCACUCCAAGAAAGAGUCACGUGCGUGAGGGAACUAGAGAGAUGACAUGAACAUGUGCAGCCUGAAAAGACAAAGAAAGCAAGGUGGAAAAGACGGAACACGGCGUACCAUUGCUUUCCUGCUCUCCCGUAUAUUACAACACCUGCAUGCCUUCUGCAACAUGCUUCCAGCC